CCAAUUAAUCGCCCUGCGAACAGGAAGUACUUCAGGUUUCGUACUUGUGGAGAAAGCGGCUCGUCGAGAGAAACGUUCAUUCACUUAGGACGACUUAGUUAUAUUCUACUAAAUCGUUUUUUAUUCAUUUGCUUAGUCAUGAUUGAGCCAAAGAAGAGACCGGCGGACAUGGCGGUGGUUCCUGCCGGUGGAGUCAAGAGGCCCAGGGCCGAGCUGAUCGCUGCGGCACAGUCGCAACAACUCGUGGCCAUGGGCCCUCCCCGCAGCUCCAGCCUGCAGGCUCCCAUCAUGUUGAUGUGCGGCCAUGAGGGAGAGGUCUACUGCUGCAAGUUCCAUCCUAACGGGGCCACACUGGCCUCCUCUGGCUAUGACAGGCUCAUCUUGAUGUGGAAUGUGUACGGGGACUGUGAUAACUUUGCCACCCUGAAGGGACACAGUGGUGCUGUGAUGGAGCUUCACUACAACACAGACGGCAGCCUGCUGUUCAGUGCCAGCACAGACAAGACUGUGGGAGUGUGGGACAGUGAGACGGGUGAGAGGAUCAAGCGUCUGAAAGGCCACACCUCCUUCGUUAACUCCUGCUACCCUGCUCGCCGCGGGCCUCAGCUCGUCUGUACCGGCAGCGACGACGGAACCGUCAAGCUGUGGGACAUCCGUAAGAAGGGGGCAGUCCAUACGUUCCAGAACACCUACCAGGUAUUGGCCGUCACAUUCAACGACACCAGCGACCAGAUCCUGUCUGGAGGCAUCGACAACGACAUCAAGGUGUGGGACCUGAGGCAGAAUAAGAUGAUCUAUGGUAUGCAUGGUCAUGGAGAUUCUCUGACUGGCCUCUGUCUGAGCUCAGAGGGAUCCUACCUCCUCUCCAACUCCAUGGACAACACAGUACGUAUUUGGGACGUCCGUCCGUUCGCUCCCAAGGAGAGGUGUGUGAAGAUAUUCCAGGGGAACAUUCACAACUUUGAGAAGAACCUUCUGAGGUGUUCCUGGUCUGCUGACGGCAGCAAGAUUGCUGCAGGCUCAGCUGACAGGUUUGUGUAUGUGUGGGACACCACCUCUCGUAGGAUCCUGUACAAGCUGCCAGGCCACGCUGGGUCCGUCAACGAGGUUGCCUUCCAUCCCGAGGAGCCCAUUGUCCUCUCUGGCGCAAGUGACAAGAGACUCUACAUGGGAGAGAUUCAGUAGGACUGUCGUGUGUGAGUGUGUGGUGAAUGUUCUGCCCCGGAGCCUUGUGUGAAUGGAUCCAGCCCCCAACUGUGUGAAUGAAAUGUACUUUUUUAUAUGCUUCUGUUUCAUUUAGUAACAUCCUCAGAGACUGUCAUUUACUUUAGAGUGUCCAGUCACAACAACCAACACCUGUGUUUUUUUUAUUUCUCUUAAUAAACUACAUCUACGUGGGGAAAAA